GACAAGCGGGCUUCAUGCCUUCGAUGCUGCGUUCUGCGCUGAACCUGUCCCUGAUGCUCCUGUCUUUUCUCGGGGUCGGGAUAAAGAGAAAUCGGCAGAGAGGUCAGUUCCGGCCGAAAACUUCCGCCGCCGCUCACCAUCGCCCCGGUGAGUUUCCAAGACGUUUUUACCGUGUUGUACUCAUCCUUGCACGCCAUGAUGAACUGCUUCUUCUUGGAGGCCGCCGUGGACGGAGUCGAUCGGAACGCGGAGCAAGACGUGGACGCGUACACAGAGACCCAGGAACGAAGCUCGUCGCCAAACCAAGACGGACGUGAAGCCGUCUUCUUCGACCUCUCUUUGUCCGACGAAGAGCUCUGCGUCGACGGGAAUACGAGGAGUGCCAAGGACGUGAACCAGGGCGUAGUCACCACCAGGGGCAGAUCGCCGUCGUCUUCUUCCUCUCGUCAUCUCCUUCGACCCUGGCCGCUACCUACUGUCCCAGGCUGUAAUUUCCGAAUGAUUGAUCGCUGGUGUGAAGAAGUGAGAUACAAGGAUCCAAACUAUUAAGCAAACCUGUAAGUUAGUGAUUCAAAGAAAGACCGGAAGUCAAGAAGAGUACAGUUUUGAAGGCAGGUCCCUACUUCUCUUGACUAUAUUGCUCUGAUGUUUCAAAGUAGGAUUAUACUUUGACUGUGAAAUCUCAUGCAUGGAACAUAUGCGUUAGUUUAAAUGCUUGCUUAGUUAUUCCUAUCUAGA